AUGGCUGCUGAUCUUAGAGCUGUGCAUCCAGAGCACAGUGCAGAGGCUCAGGUUCAGGCACAGGAAGCACUCUUUUCCACACCUUCCCCAGCUGCUGCUGGUGCACCGCCAGUUGAUCCGGUUUUCAGUUCCUUGGAGAACUUCCUCGAGGCACUCAGCGACUUUUGUGUCGCAAGGGGUGCCGCCCCGACACAGGCCUUACUUGUGUGCGAUAAAACAUUCACCUCCCAAGAAAUAUUCGAGCUGUUCAAGGCAAUUGCUGCGGAGGGUGGUUUCGAGAAAAUCUCGCCAGCCAAGUGGGACAGUGUUUGCGCGGGCGUGGGAGUAGACGAGCACCUUCGCGAGCCAUUGAAAGAGGAAUACACAAACCGUCUACUGUCUUUUGACAAACACGUCCACGACGCUCCUCGCUGCAAUCGUCCCAAGCCUCCGACACCGCGGCAUACUAGGUCCAAGAGCUUCUGCGAGAAAAUUCUUGCUCAGCGUCCUCAAAUCGAAUCCCUCGUCAGUCGCCAUUUCCCCGGUGCCUCUGCCGAGCCAUUCUUUUCCUUGUAUUGCGAAAAAGACGACAUGGCCUCCACACGCUCCUCCCUUCGUGAGGGCCUCCGUCAGGCACCCAGAAUAAACCAACCAUUCAUACCAGACACUGCACCGGUGCGCCAAACACGUUCUGGUACCAACGGGCCCAGUACGCUCCCGGGAACUCCUGGCCAGACACCGAAUUCUCACUACGCUGGGAUUGAUGGCUCUAGCAUGUCUGGCGGCCAGUUCAACAUUGAUCAGUUCGAGGGAAAAGACAACAAACAAGUGCCAAUGUCGACCCGUGAUGUGGCCACCCCUGGCAAUAAGCCUGAUCUGUUUGCCAAUUCGACCUCGAAGGACUCGAAGCAACCUGAUUUCUACGACUUUUACUACCCGUUGACAUACCUAGAAGUUCCAAGAUCUACAAGCAUCUACAAGCGUGUGCACUUUGGCCUCCAGUCCGGUUUACGAGAAGAAGUAGACUUUUCUUUGUAUCACCUUGUUCAGAUGUCGAAUCAGCGUGGAGACAAAUUUAGAUUCGAAGGAUUUCCACUACUCAUGGAGACGCUGAUGGAAAAGGCUAUCGAAAUCACCGAGCUGUGCACCGGAAUCAAAUGGGAACUGGAGCGUGACCAGUACAAAUGGCCUGAGAAGAGACACCGUCCCAACGUUCUCAACACCUUGUGGGGCACUCAUGACAUCCUGGACCGUAUCAGCAAAUUGCCUAUUAUUCUUCCGGAUGACACGCUCGAGACAGACGAAUUCUGCCAUCAUCUUCAGAACAUCAAAGAUGCCACAUUGGUCUUACGCAAUAUGUGCAUGCUGCCCGAAAAUGCCGUGUUCAUAUCUAGCUUCGCAAAGGGGCUUCUCCGUGAUUUCCUCUGUAUUAUGCUCAACACACCCAAGCAGUCACGGCUCAACGAAUUGAGGAAUGACGCCCUCGACAUUGCCGAAGAGGUCACAAAAUAUCUUCCCACCGCUAUUGACGACCCGUUGCGCGUAAGCCUUUACCGCUACAUCAACUCGGAUGAUCGUGCCCAUGUGAUUCGAGCUUUGUGGGCGAUCACCCAUUUCUCAACAGAGCUCGAAGGUGUUCAAAACAAUGCGAUGAUGGGUGUUUCACACGAUCAUUUGGUUCACCUCUUCUCCUACACAUUGCUCAAACCAGACCCAGAGCUCUUGAACGGCGCAAUGGAUUUUUGGUACCAGUUCACUCUGAUUCCCGAGAAUGUCACGCGUCUCGUUGAUGUCGUUAACCUGAAAACCGUCUUUGUGCCCAGACUGAUAGCGUUGCUUUCGUAUGAGGCACAGCUGGACUCCAACGAAACCGUUCUGCAAGAAGAGAAGAUUGCUCCACCCCCCAGCACAAUCCCCAAAGUGCCAUCGGAGCUUCUUAAAGAACUUAUGGAACUAUCUGAACCUGAACGUAGCUCCAAAUGGCUGCGCUGUUGUUUUGUCGAAGACCCAGAUUGCGAGAUUACGCAGAUCGCACUGUGGCAGGCAUACCAGACUCGAUUUGUUAAUCCUCAACAGCCCAAUAGUGGGGUUCUGCCUGCAGCUGAGUUUAUCAAAAACGUGAGCACUACAUUCACCAACGCCCAGGCCCAGGUUGUCCCAAUCCCCGGUGCAGUCGCCGGCUCUAGUGGACCGACAACUAGGUUCAUCAUCAAGGGUAUCCGUCCUCUGGAAACGGCACUGACGUUUGAUAAAUGGCCCUAUCUCUACUGUAAGUGGAUUACUGGUGGUAAUAGUCAGGCUGUGCAGCACUGUGACCGUGCAUUCUCUAAGCCAGAGGAUCUUCGUUCCCAUGUGUUUGAGGAUCACAUGAGUCUUCAGCCUAGCGACCAGCCAGGACACUACAAACUCGAAAAAGCUAGCGAGCCCAUUCACAAGUGCCUCUGGAACAACUGCCCUAAGAUCAAGCGCGUCGGACCAAGCGCUGAUACCUCUAUGGUUGUUGAGCACGUCGCAUCGGCACAUCUCCCCCAGCCUCGUGAUCCCAAUGCUCAGCCUCCAACCCACGAACGCCAGAUUCUCCAGCCGCGUAUAGUGCGUCGCUGGGACUACUGGAACACGCCAACCAAUCCCAAGGGCGAACCGGUUGGUGUUGCGUACAAGGCAUGCCUAGUGCUGCGCAAUCUGGCGUGGAACCUGCCCAACGAGAAAUCGGAAAAACACGGCAACAUGUCACUCAGAAAGUCUGUGUUCCUUAGUCGGCGCGCUGCCAUCAUCAAUGCUUGGGACAUCAAUCGCAGCCUGCGCCUUGCAUUGACAGAUCUCCUUUUGAUCACCGAGAAUUUCGACGACUAG